AUGCUAUCGGUACAGACUGCCGGCUGCGCGGGAAUGGAACGGCUCGGCGUUCCGACCCGCACAUCGCUCAAUACACCUCCCGAUGAUAGGGGGCAAUUUAGUUGUAGAAUGCGUGUAGAAGCACUCCAAGCACGUGAGCUUUUGGCAGUACGUGGUGAAUCUGUGAUUCGUAGCAACACUAGCAACAAUAGUUUAAACAGCAGUAACAGCAACAAUCAUCUUCAUCAUCAUUAUAAGCAACAUUCCCACCAUCAACAACAGCAACAUCAACAUUACCAACGCAUGAUAACACCAAACGCAAACGGUAACUCUGGCAGUGGGAGUAGCAGCAGCAAUACCACAAAUAGUAUUAAUAAUAGUAGAAGUGGCAGUAGCAAUAGCACGACGGCGGCAACCAACAAUGGCAGUAGCAAUAUAGCGCGCGGUGGAAUCGAAGCCACCACGCUUAAGUACGGCAAUACUGGCAGUGGGAGCAGCAACAGUGGCAGUAGUAGUGGCAGUUCAUGUGGUAGUACUGUUAGCUCAGUAAAUAGCCAUAGUCACGAUCAUCAUCAGCAUUAUCAACAUCAAUUACAACAGCAACAAACACUGCGUUGUCCACACCAUGUGCCACUGCCUGAUAGCGAAUGGGGACAAGAUCGCAUAUUGCCACUACGUACAGGUUAUCAGCAAUCGGAAAUAACUCGCUCCUAUAUAAAACCGCCUCCAAACAAAACAGUUAAAGACGUUCCAGAACAAUCAUCCUAUAACUUUUAUACGCUCGCCACGCAUACAGCGCAACAACAACUGCAUGCCGGUACUGGUAGCAAUAGUUCCACACAACAACAACAACAACAACACAAAUCAAAACCCAAUGCAAUAACAAAACUAUUCUCACGUAAGAGUUCACCUAAAUCACCAACAGCAUUAUCAGCCUCAUCAACAUGUUCGUCGCUAGCAUCAUCGGCGUCAAUCACAUCGCUUCCCAUCUCCAAAGCAGCAGCACUGCAAACGACCGCCUGCAGUUAUGGUGGUAGCUCAACGCAAACAAACCUUCCAACAGCGAAUGCUGCAGGUAUAAAUAAUAUCUAUGCCGGACUGGCACCAACAACACAACUACUAACAACAAUCAGCGUGUCUCCAACGGCAGCAACAGCAACAGCAACAACAGAACGCAUACCGACACCGCCCCUGUCAGUAACGGUGCCAAUUGCAAGCUAUCAGCAACAGCAACAACAAUUCAAACAAUUCCAACAGCAACAAAUGUUGCUCGACAAUAUCGUAGCGGAGAGUGCAGCAACAUCAUUGCAAACACUUAAGAGUAGCAAUUGCAGUUUAAAUUCUACAAGCUCAAUCGAUCGCAAUGAAGCAGCUACAACGUCAACUGCAGCUGGAGCAUCAGCAGCAGCAGCAGCAACUAGUAUACGUCGUAACAGCAGCAAUGCUAGCAUGAGUUGCAAUUGUAAUAGCAAAAACUGCGCUAUAUGCACAACUGCAACAACUGGCGCAUCAUAACAUGUAUAGGAACAUGUUGAGUUGGGAUAGCAACAUUACUACUAGUAGGCCAAAGAAAAUGUAUUUUAUUAUGGCAAAAUUUAAUGCAACUAAGGUAAAGACUGUGCAAAAAUUUAUGUCAAAAUUAUGUAUGUAUGUUGUUCGUUGUUAGUGCUUAUAGUAAAGCAAAAUAUUAGUAAUAUUGUAGUUAAUAUUGAUGUAAGUACGUUGCAGCAACAUGUUGCUACUGAAUAGUUGCUUUAAUAAAUUGUGUGCUACACUCAAGUAUUUUUCAAUUUCUUUAAUUCUUUUAACAUAAUUGCAAAUAAUUUAAUUAAUUUCAUUUAUUUUAAAUGCAAUUAAAUAAAAUUUACAAAUUUAUAAUGUUAAACGCAAAUCAAAGGCAAUAUUUAGUAAUAAUACUUAGUAUGUGAUUUGUUGACUGCUGAGUGUUGAGUGUUGAGUUAAAGGACUUUCACUAUUUAGCGUAGCACUGUUAGCAACUUGUUGCGCCUAAUUAUUUAAUUAUUAUUUAAUAGAAUUGUAAAUUAUUAUUAUUAAAUUGUAUAUAUAAUGUAAAGAAUUUUUGUAAUAUUAAGUGUAUUUUUAAUUUAGUAAAUUAGCAAAAAUUAUAUUAUAUAUUAAAAUUA